AUGGCGCCUCGCGGUCGUGGAGGAAAGUUUUCGAAGCCUAGUCGCGGAGGUGGAAAGCGCUUCAGCCGCGACGUACAACCCGUUGAUAAGGAUGGAAAUGCUGUUGGAUUGUGGCGGGAACCCGACGACGACAUCCCCACCUCCUCUGAAGAAGAAGAAGACUCCGAAGAAGCCUCCAGCGAAGAAGACGAAGCCGGCCCCAGCAGCAGCAGCAGCGCUGUCCCUCGCAACAUCAGCACGAUCCCCGAAGGAUCAGCAACACAAGAACUCACCCGCGAGGAACGGCGCGCGCUCGCAAAAGCCAAAAAGGCCGCUGCGGCCGCACGCAGGAACCAGGGUCCCGCGCAGCCGGGCGAUCUCCCGCCUAGCGACUCGGAGGAUGACGAUAUCGCGCCGAAUCGGAAUGGAUUAGGGGACUCGGAUGAUGAGGAUCUUCCUGCCAACCCGAAUCAUACGUCCAAGUCGAGGUCGCAGACGAAGGCCCGCGAUGGCGAUGAUGAGGAGGAGGCUGUGGGUGCUGCUGCUGGUGGAGAGGCACAGCUGUCUCGCCGGGAGCGGGAGGCGAUUGAGGCUCAGCAGGCGAGGGAGCGGUAUAUGAAGCUUCAUGCGGAGGGGAAGACAGACGAGGCGAGGGCGGAUCUGGCGCGGCUCGCUCUUGUUAAGGAGCGGAGAGAGGCAGAGCGGCUGAGAAAGGAGGCUGAGAAGGAGGAGAAGGCGGAGCUUGCGAGGCAGAGGGCGGAAGAGCGCGAGAAGAAGCUUGCCAAAGGCCCGACCAAGAAGAAGGGGAAGAAAUAG